GGUGCAUGGGCAUUGCCUAAUGUUGUUUGUGAUUUCUAUAUAGCCAUGGAUGUGAUAUGCUCUACUUCAUCGAUAUUUAAUUUAGUCGCCAUCUCAAUAGACAGAUACAUCGCUGUGACGCAGCCAAUAAAGUAUGCGAAGCACAAAAAUAGUCGCCGAGUUUGCCUUACGAUACUAUUGGUGUGGGCGAUAUCGGCUGCUAUUGGAUCGCCGAUAGUGCUGGGAUUAAACAACACGCCCAAUCGGGAGCCGGAUGUGUGCGCCUUCUACAAUGCUGACUUCAUACUGUACUCAUCGCUCAGCAGCUUCUAUAUACCAUGCAUCAUCAUGGUAUUCCUCUACUGGAACAUAUUCAAGGCGCUGCGCAGCCGUGCUCGGAAACAACGUGCUGCCCGCAAGCCGCAUCUGUCGGAGCUGACGGGCGGCAGUGUCAUCGAGAACAUUGCACAGACACGCCGCCUGGCCGAGACGGCAUUGGAUAGCAGCCGGCACGCCAGCCGCAUCAUGCCCGACGAGCCGGCAACGAACACGGCGAGCGGCUCGAACGAGGAGGAGGAUGAGAAUGCCAUAUCGCCCGAUAUCGACGACUGCCACGUCAUUGUGAACGAUAAGUCGACUGAGUUUAUGCUGGCCACAGUCGUCGAGGAAACCGGCAACAGUGUUGUGGCACAGAUCACCACACAGCCGCAGCUGGUUGUUGCCGAUCCGAAUGGAGUGAGCGUUGGCGCCGCCGUUAGCAGCACAACGCCGCCGGACAGUCCGGUGCCCAGCGGCGCCACUUUGCAGCGCUCCAGUGUCAGCAGCCGGCGCAACACAGCCGAGGACUCGCCCAAGCGCGGCGAGCCAGCCCUCAGCAGCAGCGUUGCCAUGAAGCCAUUGUCCUUUGUGCGCUACGGCGUGCAGGAGGCCAUGACUUUGGCACGCAACGACUCAACGCUAUCGACCACAUCGAAGACGUCCUCGCGCAAGGAUAAGAAAAACUCGCAGGCGUCAAGAUUCACAAUAUACAAGGUUCACAAGGCCUCGAAAAAGAAACGCGAAAAAUCGUCGGCGAAAAAGGAACGCAAGGCCACCAAAACAUUGGCCAUCGUUUUGGGCGUCUUUCUCUUCUGCUGGCUACCAUUCUUUACGUGCAACAUCAUGGAUGCCAUGUGCGCCAAAUUCAAUGAAGACUGCCGGCCGGGUCUGACGGCGUUUAUGCUGACGACUUGGCUGGGCUAUAUCAAUAGCUUUGUCAAUCCGGUUAUCUAUACGAUAUUCAAUCCAGAAUUUCGCAAAGCAUUCAAAAAGAUCAUGCACAUGGGGUGAUUAUUAACAAUACCAACAACAACAACAACAACUUCUGCAAUAACAACAACAACUACUAAAACAACAACAGUUGACAGGAAACAACAAGCAAGGCAAUUAGAUGAUGCUUUGUUUUCUUUUAAGCUCAUCAAUAUGAACGUUCCCGAAAAUCGAUUAACGACAAUCGUCAAGUCGAUUAGGUCGAUUAGUUCGAUAACUCAAAACUCGAAACUGUGCCAAAAGCAACAAAAUGAAAUUGAACUCAAAGCUCGAAACUCAAUUAGACUCGUAAGAUUGUUAAUAGUC